AGGGCAACCCUAUCCCAACUUCUUGGAGUUUAAGAUGACCUUGAAAAUCAUCACACACUCGCAGUACCUGAAGGCGUCCAAGGCAGGGUCCUACGAACUGGACGAUGCCUCCUUUUACCUGGCUGACCUCGCAGACUUGGAUGUACAACCUGCUGUGCCCACCGACAUUUUUCUUGAGGAGAGGCACGAGACCCAUGUCCCCUCCAUGGUCAUCGGUUGCAGCUUUUGGCACAGUCAACAAGCUGCAAAGAGCAGCAUGAACAAAAUGAACCGGAAAAGAUGUCCAGCCACCAGCAAGCUGACGACUGCGCCACUUCACCAUGCUGUGCCACGACGCCAAAUUGUGUGCCAACGCCAAGCCACAUCGCUGAUGCACCAGAUGAGCCUCCGAGAUUUUGCUCAACGCUUUCCACCAACCAGAACCAAAUGUCUGACGACGACCCGUCGCUGCCAAUGCCGACUAACGACCUGGACUAGCAAGCCAGGCAAGCACGGGGUCCUUUUCAGCCUCAUCUGGGCAGCUAUGCCCAAACAGAAACGAAUAAUCGAAAGCGCAGCUUUUGUGAACACUGGUUUGCAAAGUUCAGCUGGCUUGAAUACAGUCCAGCAAAAGAUGCAGCCUUUUGCUUUUGUUGUCGGGCGUUUCCGCCGGGCAGUGCUACCAAAGCACAUUUAG